AUGUUCCAGACCAUUUUGAAGCAGGACUGGGUCACCUUUUCGCCCAGCUUUUCAGACGCUGCAAUCUCACUUAUCAAUGGGCUACUCACCCGCGACCCAAUGAUACGUCUUGGGAGUGGUCCUCGCGGAGCUGAUGAAGUUUUGACCCAUCCAUUUUUUGAUUGCAUUGACUGGCCAGAGCUGCUGGAGCGUCGAAUGCUGCCACCAUUCAAUCCGGGAGUAGGCAAGAUGGAUACACACUAUGCUCCUCGAAAUAUGAACGAAAUUACUGCACGUGACCGCGAGCCCAGUGUGAUGAUGGCAAAAACUGACCGCCCGAACGACUUUGAUGGAUUCAGUUUUGUGGGGCGGCCUUCGUCGCUUUCAAAUGUGUAA